AAUCAGUUUACAAUGAUAUUUAGCUUAAAUAGUGGUAUCACUGCAGCCAAACCCACUUUUACCCCUGCGGUGAUUUAAGCAAAAAAAAAAUAAUAAAAAACAAUCUAGCCGAUAGAUAAUUCGAAAAAUAUGGAACCACAAAUUUGUCGUCUGUGCCUGCGUGGUUGUGGCUCCCAGAUGUGUCUGCAAAUCUUCGGUGAUGCAGCAGGUGCAGCAACAAAUAACGUGCCAAACGUUGCGGAAGUUUUACGCCAGCACUUUUGGUUUGAGGUACUGCCAAAUGAUCCAAUGUCGAAAGUUGUUUGCAAUGUUUGCUGGACUCAGGUAUCCGAGUUUCAUCAGUUCUAUGUAUCCAUUCAAGAGGCUCAGGUUAUUUACGCGAACGCACCAACAUUUAAACAGGAUCCCGAUCCGGACAUGUUGAGUGCGUCGUGGCCAGAGGAAAUAUUGUUGCCAGCUAAUGAACUGACUGUCGAUGGGAAUAACGACUGUCGCAGCACGCAGCUUAAUGUAAAUCCCCUAGAUGAAUUGGACCUUGAGAUGUCAACGUAUGCAGAUACAGAUGUGGACGAUCAGAAAGAAAUCAAAUUAGAGAGACUAUCGCCAGACGAGUAUGCUAAUGAAAUCGACGAUGUGGAUCUUAUUGUUACACGAAGUGGCUUGAAACGGAAACGUGAAACUGAACCCAUUGGGAAGCUAAAGACAUCCAAAGUGAAGAGGACAGCACAGUCCAAGAGUCACGAAAAGCGCAGGACUAUAGCAAAGAGGACAUUUAAGAAACGCCAGUGGCCACCAUUCUGUAAAGAGGACGAGGAACUGAUCAAACGCUAUGUUGUAAUGGGCUGUGAGCUAUGCAUUUUUCUGGCUGAAGAUUUCGAUGGCAUACGAGAUCACUUUAAGGAUAAGCAUCCCAACGAGCGGCCCUACAUCAAAUGUUGCGGUCGAAAAUUGAAUAAACGUUGUUUAAUAGUCGAGCAUGCCCGACGUCACGAGAAUCCCGAGUACAUUAAAUGCAACGACUGUGGCAAAGUAUUUGCCAAUUCCAGUGUCUUACGUGCCCAUUGGUUGGUUCAUCACGUGCCAGACGAGGAAUGCGACUUUCAGUGCGAGGAGUGUGGCAAAAGAUUCUCACGCCGGAAUCUCCUGGAACUGCAUAAGGGCUCACAUGUACCAGCCAACGAGCGCAAGUUCGUCUGUCAAGAGUGUCCUAAAUAUAAUGCCUUCGCUACCGAAUACCACAUGCAGGUGCAUAUAAGUAUGCAGCACCGCAAGGCAGCCAAUAUAUGCCAUGUCUGUGGCAAAGAGAUCAAGGACAAGGCUGUUUUUGAGAAACAUGUUCGACUGCACUUUGAAGACAGCGGACCACGCAUAAAAUGCCCUCGUCCGGAUUGCGAUAGCUGGCUGAAGGACAAUGACAAUUUGAGGCAGCAUUUGAGACGACAUAACGACGAGGGUAAAUCAUUUAUCUGCUCGGAAUGUGGCAAAAGCUGUAAGAAUUCACGGGCACUAAUCGGUCACAAGCGCUAUUCACACUCGAAUACAAUAUACACCUGCGAACAGUGCGGCAAGACCUUUAAAAAAGAUAUUAGCCUUAAGGAACACAUGGCGCAGCACACUGGAGAGCCCCUUUAUAAAUGUCCAUUCUGUCCUCGGACAUUUAACUCAAAUGCCAACAUGCAUUCCCAUAAAAAGCGUAUGCAUCCAAAUGAAUGGGAUCAUUGGCGUAAAACAAAAACGGGUAGCUCUCAAAAGGUGCUGCCUAGUGCACAGGUGUCGCAAAUGUUCAGGGAGGAUCCCGAAACGGCCGCCAUUCCAAAUAUUUCAAACAUAUUUUAAAAACGAAUUAGUUACCACUUCCCUACGCUAUUGUUUAUAUUCUUUUUUUUAGUUCUAUACAAAUUUGUAUAUACAUAUAAAUGUUUAUAAAACAAA